GUUUCUACGUAUUUAUACAGUCCUGGCUUACAUAUGUUCUAAGUUUCUACGUAUUUAUACAGUCCUGGCUUACAUAUAUUUUAGUUUGAUUGUUCCUGAUGAAGGCAAAUCAAGAAAAGCGAUUCGGACGCACACAAUUUAUUAGAUUGUAUUUUAAUUUACAGGCACUCGGUCGAUACCUCUGUUGCUGGACCGUGAGGGUAUCAUGAGCUCAGUAAUCAGUCAUUCGAAUCGGAUACUAAUAUUGUUGAUAACAUGUGUUACUAAAAUUCCCCGUUGAUUAUAAAUUAAGAAAUUACUAUGAAACUAAGAUUCCAACUCCCUCAUGAAAUGUAUACCUUCGAUGUUUUUGGCUAUCUAUUAAGGUCCCUUUCGGUCAUAUAGCUCCUAAUGGUUUUUGUGGAUUUAUACAUCCCUAGUUUUCAAGUGUUUGUGUUCGAGUGAUCCAGGGCAGGUAAAUUAAAAAAGCGCUUUACCUUUUGAAUGGAAAUUAUACAAAAAUGAGACGCUUUUAGAAACGGAAAAACAAUUAAAAUUGUAACAUAAAUGAUGGAUUGGAUCAGGAUUAUGUGUAAUUCACAUUAUUUGUAUUUCUCUCCCUACUCUUGAAAAUUCUGGAGGUAUUUUCCGACCCAAAUGGACUACAAACUUUAAGUAUCGGAAAAUAAUUUCCUUUCGAUUUGUUGUGUUUGUUUAUUUGUUGUCAAUAUGCUUUUUUCGUUUUUCCCAUGGUGUUGUCACUUCGACUUAAAAAUAUUAUUGUCCCUCUUGUAACCUCCACCUUUUUUUUUUAUAUACAUGUACAUUCAUUUGCAUUUAGUAUAUGCACAGUGGAAACAAAUCCUGAAGAAAUGUAUCAAUACAUUUAUAGACUAGUGAAAAGCAAGAACACUUAUUUUCUAACUUAAAUGAGUUAUACCGGUUGUUUAGUAUAAACUAUAAAAAUACAAUCAAUAAAAAUAACAACAACAAGACAUCAUCUUUGUAUUUAUCAUUUAACAUAAAGAAUUUCAUUUAAACAUUUACCAAGUUGUCAGGUGGUCGCGCUUUAAAAGCGUACAAUGAACUUCGGCAAUAAACAGAAAGAAAGUCUUCAUUUUCCGUUUUUUUUUCUCCAGCUUGAUUAACUUUUUAAUACAGAUCAGGUAGUUUUGAUCUAAUUAGUCGCCUCUAGCCAUGGUCAACGUUAAAUCAAGGGUUUUCUGUUAUAUCUUGUUGCGAAUACCGAAACCAAGGAGUUAGAAUAACGAAUGCGCAAACCGGCCAUCUUACAAUUCCCGCAAGCUGGUGUUAUGACGUAAAGUUAAUAAUCACGUAACAUAAAAAUUCCGCUGGCCUUUGGACUUCACCUUGCGGCACGCAACAGAGGCCGAUUAGGCCAUACAGCAGAGAAAAGAUUAAAGUUGGGACAGCGUGAGUUAAUCUAACAUACAAGCAGUUUUUUAAGUUGACGUGCACGAAAAUCUUUGAUUUAAUUGGAGGUGCACCUAGGACAUGUCUCGGGGACUUCCCUUAUAUACGGGUUCUUAACCCUUGAACUGGUUUGGUUCCACCUGAAUAGUUCGUUUAUAGGAAGAAGGAUAACGCAGUUUGGAAAAAAAAAAUUAUCAAGAAUUGCAGAGUUAUGUCCCAUCUGAGAAUUCGACUUUAGCCUUAGAAUAGACCAAUCUCGAGUUGAUUUGUUUUAUGAAUGACAUGCACCAGUUGGCACGAAGUCUAUCGCCGUAAAUGUCGUCAUUGUCGGAAAACAAUUGGUUCGUUUUUGUGACAUACAUGUAUUAACAUAAGCAUUUUGAAAUAUGAAAUUUACAGGAAAAUGAAUGAAUUUGAAAGUCGUCUAAAAGUAGAAACAAAAAGCUCACCAAUCCAAAUAAUAAUCAUAAUAAUUAAGACAAUAAGAUAUAUUGAAGAAAAGUUAAAUAUGAUUUUUACCGAUUUAUACAUAUAUACAUUUGUGUCGAAUAAAAAUUUUAGAAGAAAGAGAGGUAACUCAUUGUGUCUUUAAAGGAGAACUAUAAUAUGGUACAUACAGAUAACUAUCUGAGGUCACAUGAUUUUACGUCAAUACAUGUACCUUUGUAACUGUAAUAUGCUCUAUAUUGUGAUAUAUUUUGUUGGAUUGAAGUUGAUAUAUUUUCCGUGUUUUAUUUCUAUAUUGAUUUGAUUUGAUUUUAGAUACAGACUACAAAGUCAUCAUACUACUAGCUUACAAAUUCAACAACUAUUAUAGGUCACCAUACGGCCUUCAAAAAUGAGCAAAUCUCAUUCGUAUAGUAAGCUAUAAAAGACUCCAAAAAUAGCACGUUAAAAAAUGAUUCAGCGUGGUUAAUUUGUUUAAAAAGCAGUGAUUAUAUUCAUAUGCAUCAAUAUGUUCUCGUCUUGAUAUGCAUGUAGUAUUUGCCACUGGACGUGAGACAUCAAUAAAUCCGAUAUGAAAAGUUUAAGUGGAUUAGAAGUACGUAUGAUCAUGUUUAAUUUGAAACAAUAAAAAUAUUAAAUAUAACUUUUAAAGCUCAUUUUGUUGUUUUACAUUUAUAAAAAAAAUAAAUUGUCAGUUUUAUGCCAUUAAAGAGGCCCAUAAAUGUGGAUAUUUUUUUUUUAUUUUCCUGUUUCACUAACCACUCUGCGUGAUCUAUUGACAAACACUUUACAAACUUGUGCUGAAUGAAUUGACAAUUCCGUGUCUAUGUAUUGAUUCAAGAUUUAAAUACCUUUAAUUGCACAUUUUAACACUCAAUAUUGUAAUUUUCGAGUACGAUCAACCAUGUAUUUUCAUAUUCUACCAAAAUAAAAUGUAAUAUACAUCUGUUGAUUUCGGCCAUAAAAGCCUAUAAUGGUCACACUAAAACUUGUCUUAAUGCAUUUCUCACACGAAUUGAUUUCAUUUAAGCUAAAAGAAAAUAUUGUGAAUGUAUUUCGAUGUUUACAGAUUGUUAAUGACUUUUUACUUGUCACUAGAUCAUUAUGAUUAAAUGUGUAUUAGGUAUGUGCGGUAAUUCAUUUAGAGAUACUUUAAUUACUGAGCUAUCACGCAAAUGAUAAAACUUCAAUAUAAUGUUUCGAGAUUUGGAUCGGAGAUCGAAUAAUUGUAAUCAACUUGCAUGCAAUAUAAUGUUGUAUUUUAUGAAGUAAGGUCACAAACAGGAAAUUUCAUCCAAUAUAUGUUUAUAUUGAAAUCAAUUCCUUGGACUUGUUUAUUUUUUUCGGAUUGAAGCGAUGUGUUUAAUGUUUGUAAGUAUGAAAUUGUAUCGUUUAAAAUUUUUGAUAUAUAAUUGAAAAUAGCCAUAAAGAGCUCUUAUAUACUGUCGAAAAUAAAAAUAUUAAUUUAAAGAUAAAUAACAUUUCUGUUAAAGUCUUUCAACAAAACUUUUAAAUUCACGUCUUUGUAUCUUCUAAGUUUGAAGUAGACAAACGUUUUCACAUAAAAUCUUAAGCCGAGACGGAAAAUAUAAAAGUUUUAUUGAAAAGAGUACAGUUUUGUUUACUAUUGAAAUUGGUAAUAAACCAAACAAGGAGAGAAAAAUACACGAAUACAAAAAAAGAGGCAGAUAUUUUGCAACUCGGAUGUGCACAUACUGAUGAAAGGUACGUAAUUUCAUUUGUACAGAUUGUUAAAUAUCUUUGUGAUACUUGAUUAUCUAAAAAAAGUCUCACAUAUACAAUUUACAAAAUUUACGCUUUACAAAAAGGUUUUCUCGGUCAACUCCAUGAUUAUGAUGAAAACAUACCGCCAUCAGCAAGGAAUUCUGCUCAGACUUGUCUUUGAACUUGUAGUGAAGUUUGAGCUUGCCUGUCCUGAAUGCUGACAGCGGAAGUUAUAACUCAUGCACUUAAAAAAAAUAAUCAUUGACCAUAAGGGGGAGGGGCUCACUCCCCAGCUCCUGCAUGCAUACGCCCUUGAUUUAUGUGUAAAUCACUUUUAUAAUUAUAAAACCAUUUUGUCUAAUAAUUUUACUCCUAAUCACUGUCGCGGCAUUUUAAAGUAUUAUAUUGCGUGAGAAAAUUAUUUUUUUUCUUUUUAAUUACAAUUUACCAGUAUUCUGUGGCAUAACCGAAAGUGAUUUUAUCUAUUUAAAGUACAAGAUAAUUUGUUUUGGAGAAUUUAACCCUACCUAUUAACUGAUCUAAAUGUAUAAGGUCAAACCAUAAAGUUUGUUAUUCAUAGUAUAUUAUGUUCAACUUGAUGAUUGAGUAUACGAUUUGAACCUGGAAAAUCCUGCACACAUACAACCAUGAUGGCGGCAUCUAUAAUAUACUUUAUAGAAAUAAUUUUUCUUCUGAGUUCAAUACUAUCACGUUACAUUGAGCAAACAAAUUAUUCUAAAAUAUAAUACUAAUAGGUGAUUAUUUAACAGUAUAUUAUUUAAUGGACAGACGAAUAAUAGUCGUAACUACUAUUGUGACGACAAUGAUUAUGAUGCUUCGGAAGUCAAUUUAUAUAUAAAGGCCAACUCGACUCUCUAUUGUCAAAUCAAGCUGCAAAAUUUUAAUUCUCGUUGAUUUUCCUGCCGUUCAAUACUUUAGCAUAGUCGCUGUUCUAAAUAAUGGAAAAACACUUCGAUCGCACAAUAGCUAGACGACACAAUUAGAUCUAAUGCUUUCUAAUUAAUAAGUUUUUAUAUUAACCAAUACUGCAUUUUCUUCAGUAAAUAUGUCUACGAAUGAGGUAUCUGGUUGACAAUUGUGAUUUAUUAAAAAAAAAUCAAUUCAAACAAAUCCAAUAGCAACGUUAUUACUGAGGAUUAUCAUAUGCGGUACUUAUCAUUUUAUUUUCCUAGUUAUGCAAAAGGAAUGAGAUGGACUUGUUUUUGUUAGAUGUAUUUCUGCUUUGUAUCGAUCUGAUGAGUUAAUCCCUAGGAUGAAAUUUGAAAAAAAGGCAGGACAGGAGUUUUGAGUAAAAAAAAAGGCAGGAUAAGCAACUUGGCAAAAAAAAAAAAGGCAAAAUGACAAUUUAUGUAAAAAAAGUCAGGAUAAACUAAUAAAAAGGCAUGCAGGACCGAAUAGAGUGGAAAAUAAAAAGGCAGGACAGAGAUUACAACUAAAAAAUUUAGUUUAAUUACAACUGAAAUUUGAAAAAAAAGGCAGGACAGGAGUUUUGAGUAAAAAAAAAGGCAGGACGAGCAACUUGGCAAAAAAAAAAGGCAGGAUGACAAUUUAUGUAAAAAAAGUCAGGAUAAACCAAUAAAAAAGGCAGGACCGAAUAGAGUGAAAAAUAAAAAGGCAGGACAGAGAUUACAACUAAAAAAAAAUUUUUCAUCCUAGCCCCCCAUAAAAAUCAAAUGGUAGCUCCUUUAUUUUUAUAUUUGAACUUUUCUUUAAUUCAUCGAUGUUGGAUUUAAUGUGAAAUGGAAUUUGUUGUUUGUAAAUCGCUAGGCACAGAAAAAGGGGAUGAGAGUGUACUGACUGUUUACACCAGGUUCCCGGAUUUCACAGACUAAUUUACUAUGUCCACACAUAAAGUAAUAAUCAAAUGCUUAAAAAAGAUAAUUUUAUUCUGAUAAAUUCCUACAUAUUUUAUGAUGUCGUCUGUCGUGCUUGUAGUAGUGCUGUUAUUGUCGACUGCAGUACAUUUGUAUAUUUAGUAUUGUAUUGAAUUACCAACUUUCAAACUAAAUCUUCUUAUUUCCCCUAAUAACUUCCAGCAUUCUUUGUUAUAGUGUCGUUCUUGAAAGUGACUCUCUUUUGUCUUCUGAAGUAUAUUUGUACCGAUUUAAUAGAGUUACGUUCUUUUGGUGGACUCAUUUUUGUAAUGUGCUUUCCUAUACAGUGUGUAUGUGCUUUCCUAUACAGUGUGUAUGUGCUUUCCUAUACAGUGUGUAUGUGCUUUCCUAUACAGUGUGUAUGUGCUUUCCUAUACAGUGACUUAUUUAACCAAGAAUCGCACAACUAGUUAAAAAAACACAUCGCAUGUUUUUAUAUAUUUCACCGGUGUGGGUGUAUAGAAAUAUGGUUAUCCCAUCUGGCAAUCAAUCCUAAUCUACAGUGGGCGUUCGUAUUGGAUGUUUUGGAUGGAUAACUGCGAAGCCCCCUCCGGUUGAUAUGAGGUUGGACGAAUCCCAUGACGCGUGUUGGAAGAGUGGCACGGUAAAGAAACCGUACAACAAUUAAUUUAGGAUUCUAAUCAGUAGAACACAAAGGAACAUGCAAUAAAAUGCUUUGUCAUUUUCUUUCUAUAAGUAACAACUUUUAAUAAUUCCGCCUUUUCAUACAUUUCAGCAUAUGACUGAAGUUUUUAAGAUUACUAGAGAUACCAAGGCUUUAUUGUUAAAAUAUUCCGUAUCAACUUCACAAAUAAUACAUGAUGGUCUUGAAGUAUAGAUUCUAGUUACGUCUUUGUAAAUCAUCAACCUUUACUGUUAAGUCCAUUUUUGGUAAUAUCCGUUUUGCGUGGCUCGGUACUUAUACAUCCCGUCAUUGUGUUUUUGUGCAAUGGUCAUUUUUGUAUUCUUGUCUUUCAUUUUUGCUGAUGUGCUUUGUCUAUAUGCCACUUUGUUUUUCUUUGUUGACAUACUUGUUUGUUUUUAUAGUGAUUAAGAUUAUAACACAAUCAUGAUCUUGUCUGCUGUACCCCUAUUUUUGACAUUUUAACCUAUUAUGUCUGUUUGUUUUGUUCACGCAUUGUUGUCAAUAUAACGGAAUUUUAUGCGACUGUCAUACAAGUGAUAGGAUUAGCUAGCUAUAAAACCAGGUUUAAUCCACCAUUUUCUACAUAAGGAAAUGCAUGUACCAGUCAGGAAUAUGACAGUUGUUUUCCAUUCGUUUGAUGUGUUUGAGCUUUUGAUUUUGCCAUUUGAUAAGGGACUUUGCGAUUUGAAUUUUCCUUGGAGUUCGGUAUUUUUGUUAUUUUACUUUUUACAUGAUAACGAGAUCAACCAAUUCGUAUCGAUAACGAAUAUUCAUUAAUCUACAGUACUUUAGUACAUGUACUUAAGUAUUAUUUUAUUUAACCCAAUCCAUAUUUAAGAUAUUUAAUAAUCCUUUUCAAAAUCUUUUAAUCAAUUAAUAAUUCAUUGGUAAUGGUUAAGAUAUAUCUGUUAAAUUUUAGAUAUGAAGGCUAUUUUAACUAGAAUAUUAUAUCACGGUAUUGAUUAUAAUAGAUGUAUCAUAUUACUGUGUACAGAGAAGCAAAGGUUAAACAUUUAGAGUUGUUUCAAAGUCAAGAGAAUCAACAUGGUACUGAUGCAAAGAGUUAAAAUCUGUCGUGCAAAGAGCGAACGUGCUCAUUCUAUCGAUCAAUGAAUUGUGGGAAUUUGACAAAAAAGAAACUCAUUUCCUGAGAAAAAAAAGGUAGUGCAAACACAUUAGUCGCGCGUGAUUUAUUUAUAAAGAGUCACCAGGAGUUGAACAAUAAAAGUAAAACGAAUAUAUUAAUUCACUUUGAUAUUGAUUAAAAGAUUUUGUAGGCAUUAAAAUAUGUUAAGUCUAAACAGUUGUUGCCAUCCGAUGAUAAACUAUAGUAGGUCAUGACCCAACAUUUAGGGUUCAGAUUGUGGGUCAUUACGCAAAUAUCAAAUAUCAUCUCCCUCUCAGACUAUUUUCUCGUAGCAGACGGUUAAGUAAAAUAACUUUCGGCUUAAUUAAAUAUAUAAGUUCAGUUUCAUCACAAUACUGAAAACGUAGAACAUCCACUUUCUAAAUAUAAAAAUUCCGCCAUUAAUGGAGUCAAUUUUGGGUUAAAUUUGAAUGUUGGGUACAUCUCAUAUAUGUCGUGUUGUCCAUAGUUGAACAGGUUUUGGGGAUGCAUGAAGGUAGAAUUUAAAACACUUUGAAUGUGGUUUGUUUUUCUUUUUAAUCCACGUGCCAUUAAACAACAUUAAAGUGCUGUUUCACGCUUUGAAGUGUGAAUUAAAGCAACGGUUACUCUAGUUUACCCAUGUUGACACCUUAUUAAUCUAUUUAGAAGAUACAAAUCAAGAUCGAAAAAACUAAAACCGAGGGAACAACAGGAACCUAAAAAGAAACGAAACCGGAUGCGUCGACAGGGUAUAGGCGUCUCCUGCCAUAAAAACGUGCUUCGUUGACAACGGUUAUAUCCUAUGUAUCUCAAUGAUACAAGGUUGAUCGGAGAUUACUAAAAUAUUUCUGACAUUUUUCUGUUGAAAAUGUAUGAAAGAAAUAUCGUCGUUUCAAUUGAUAUAAAAAUAAGAAGAUAUGGUAUGAUUGCCAGUGAGACAACUCUCCACAAGAGACCAAAUGACACAGAAUUUAACAACUAUAGGUCACCGUACGGUCUCGACAAUGAGUAAAACCCAUACCACAUAGUCAGCUAUAAAAGGCCCUGAAAUGACAAAUAUAAAACAAUUCAAACGAGAAAACUAACGGCCUGACUUAUGUACAAAAUAAUGAACGAAAAACAAAUAUGAUAUACAGCAACAAACGACAACCACUGAAUCACAGGCUCCUGGCUUGGGACAUACACAUACAGAAUGUGGCGGAGUUAUACUUGUUUAAAGGCACCAACCCUCCCCUUAACCUGGGACAGUGAUGUAACAGUACAACAUAAGAACAAACUAUAAAAAUCAGUUGAAAAGGGCUUAAUUCAUCAGAUGGAUACAAAGCAGAAAUACAUAUAACAAAAAAACACAGAGUGGAUGUGGCAAGGUACUUAUACAUCCCCACAACAAAAAGACACUAAGUAAAGAUCUGAGAGUACUCGCAGUUACUGACAGCUAGUUUAAAGCCAAUAACAACUAAUAAAAAAAAAUCAUUCAUCGAAACCUAAAAUAUCAAUCAGUACACAUCCAACAUCUAAUGGAUUUACUGUAAAGACAUCAUUAGCAGUCACUUAAUUAAGUCAGUUAAUUGACCCUAUUUGAUAAUGUCAGUUCUAAAGUUUAAACAUUUAAGAUUUUUUGACUGGGAUAAAUUCAUCGGAAGGACACCCUCAUUUGAUAUCUAAUUAAGGGUUCUAUAUGGAAGAUUCUUUUAAUAUCAAUGAUUUGACAUGUCAAGAAUCGAAUUUUUUAAAUAACACAUCUAGAUGCAUUUAUAAAAAAAUGAUAUAUAUUCAUCUUCGCAUCGACUGAAAUCAAAUUUCGAUCCAGAAAUUGUCUACAGUCCAACCAUGUACCCUCCCCCUAAAAAACAAAUGAAUUCAGAACCAGUCCACACCCCUUUUUCUUUUUCUUUAUUUUUUCUAUUUAACUUCCCACACCCGCCCUUUCGUAAAAGAUUUAAAUAUAAUGUGAAUAUCAUAAAACUUUGUGAAGAUAAAUAAUAUGUUAAAGUCAAUUUGUGUUUAUUUAAAUGUUAAAAUAGUAGACAAUCUUUUGUUGUUAAAUCCACUUCUCACCGGUUUUGACGAAUGUUAGAAAUUCAAAUAUUUUAUUAAUCAUUUAUAAACAAUUUAAAUGAAAAGAAGUAUUAAAGUGUUUCAUGCAAGGUUUAUACGAGAUUUAAUUUCAAAUUAUAUGGCAUGAAAAUGUGAAGAAUAGAGAGAAAUUGGAAUGUUUUCUUAACAUAAUAUAUACAUUUCACGUGUAAAGAAAGGGGACUUUAAAAUAGACAAAGUGGAGUUUUAAAAUUGAAAAUUUAACAGUUAUGGAAUAGUAAAAAUCGUUUGUUGUCGUGAAUCAACUGUGGUUUGUUUUCACAAAAAAUGGAAGAAGAAGAACCCAGUAUGUUUUGUCAUAUGAAGUAAUACAAUAAAAUGUCAACUCAGGUGGCAAACAGUCCAUUCAAAGCUUAUUUAGGAAAUGAGGAAUUAAUGCUGGAGAGACAGAGAGCACAAUCCAGAUUAAAACAAAGCAAAGACAGAAAUAGGAAAGUUGCAAUUGAAUCGUCACACAACAGAUAUUUUACCGAUGGAGUUCGUGCGCCAUUGCUGUCUGAUAUUAACUUUGGACAGUCUUGUUGUUUGGACGUUGUCAGACCAGCCAAAAAAUUUCAUUCGACCGGAAUCACAUCGCCCGAGAGUCCCGGACGUAAAACUGCUAUACCACAUAUUCCUCUUGAGAAAGAAAAUAGUAACGUCGUGUUUUCCGAACGAUCAAGCAAUACGAUUAAAUCGAUAAAGUUUUUACUUCCGGAUGGAUCGCUUCGGUCACAUGACGAAUCUACUAUGAGCUCUAGAAGUGCAAGUGAACUUGAUUUAAGAUGGAAGCGUUCUAAAAAUAGUCCAAAACUUGAUGCAAGAGAUAUUUUAUACCGCAACACAUACUGUGGUUCACCUGAUCUGCGAUAUCAUUCAAUCACGUUGCCCAGCAUUGCUUCUCAGAAUAAAACUGCCGUUCCACGUGUUAGCAAAACUAAAACAACUACACCUAAGAAAAAGAUAACAUUCAAAGAUAAUGAGCAUAUGCAAGCAAAGUUUCAAGAACACUGUGUGUUAGAUUCUAAACUCGAAAAACAAAAGAGCAUUCAAACAACAGUAGAUAUAGGAUUUUUAAAAGUUCAAAAGAUAAAAUCUCAUUUAGAAGAGAUUCAUAAUGGAAAUGAUGAUUUUUUAUUAACUGUAAGACAACCAACAGAUCUUCAUAAUCAAAACUCAAAUCAUCCUAUGGAGCUCCGAACAGAAAGGCCACUGAAGUACGAAACAGUGGGACCUCAUGGUUCCCGUCUUCACAGGAAACAUUCAACAUUGCGAACUGUUUUUCCAUAUUUUGACAAGGAUUAUAAAUCAGCUGAUGCUUACAAAGAAUAUCUAGAAAUGGUAAAAACGAAAAUGGUGUUAAGUAGUCGAGAAAGUACGAGAGUUGGCAAUGAUUCAGUAUUAUCACAUUUUGGGCGUGACAAUCGAGUGUUACAAUCUGUGAUUGACGUCAAUACACCGACAGAUCGACAUGGAGCUUUAUCAAAUGACGGCAGAUCUUUAGUUAUUGAAAUAAAACCAACAUGGAAUGAAAUUCCUACUGGUCUUCCAGACGAUGAGGAAUCUGAUGAUUUUCGACCAGAUAAAUGUCCUGUUAAUACUCCAGCUCAUGAUUAAUACAGCAAUUAUUGACCAGUCAUACCAUAUUUAGGAAACUGCUUCUUGCUUUUCCAGUUUAUACCUUAAAUGUUUUGUUCAUUAAUCUUACCUUGAGAAAUAUAAGAUCUAUUUAGGAAGGAAACUUGAUUCUAUUUGUUAACACAGAAUUUUACUUGAAAAACAAGGUUACUUAUUUACAGAAGGGUGUUUGCAAAAGAAACUUUUGGACUUGUUCUUGGACCAGUAAUGGUUUGUUAAUUUAAUUUAUCACUUACUAGACAAGACUAAAUAAUUUUUCUUCGCAUCUCAAGUCUUACUUUGCUAUUCCAUAUUUGUAUAGUCGUUUUAUGUAAUUCAUUGUUAUAUUACCUUGAAUAGAUUAAUCAAAUAUCUUGAA